UAAAUAUUGUCCUGGCUGCGUCCCCAGCCCCAGCCAGAGACCUGACACGGCCCUUGUUUACCCCGGAUCAAAGGCGAAGCUCCGGCUCCAGAGUGUAUAUCAGGGCAGAGCAGGCUGGUCUCCAGCACAGAGCGGGGGAGAGGGAGGAAGAAGGACCCAGAGGGGGGUGACGUGUGUGUGUCCCCUUGUGUCUGCCCGUCUGCCUGCACCCCAGGAAUGGGGGCCCCGGUAACCCCGGCCUGCCUGCUGCUCCUCCUGCACCUCACAGCUGGGACGUCUGCAGAGCCGCACUAUGUGGUGGUGAGCCCAGCCGUACUCUACCACCCGCACACGGGGACGGUGUCAGUUCAUCUCAGCGACCUCAAUGAGACCAUCCGGGUGAGCGUCCGGCUGGAGAGGAGGGGUGGGCUCAGCACUAUCACCCUGCUGGAGAGAGAGGUCCAGGAGCCCCGUCUGCACGAGAACGUGCGCUUCCAGGUUCCAGCCCCGUCCGGAGGGCAGCAGGAAGUGGCAGAGCUGCACGUCUCGAUCCGGGGAGAUGCCCUGCAGUUCUCUGAGCGGAAGAAAGUGCUGCUGUGGGCGCUGCAGCCCAGGACCUUUGUGCAGACGGACAAGGCCAUCUACAAGCCGGGACAAACAGUGAAGUUUCGAAUUGUCAGUUUGGACAAAGACUUCGUUCCCAGUACCCGGAAGCUGCCUCUGGUGACCGUGCAGGAUCCCAGCGGGAACCUCAUCGCCCAGUGGCGAGACGUGACUCCGCAGCAGGGCAUCGUGGAUCUGUCCCUCCUGCUAUCUGCAGAGCCGGCCGUGGGGACGUACGCCACCGAAGCGCAGGGGACAAGGCACUCAUUCAGCGUGGGUCCAGUGCUGCCCAAGUUCGAAGUGACCCUGGAGCUGCCCCCCGUGGUGACGGUGCUGGAUGAGACGCUCCUGCUGCGGGUGUGCGGCCGAGACACCUACGGGAAGCCCGUCCAGGGGAGGGUCCAGGCCAGCCUGUGUCGGGAGGAACAAUCAGCAGAUCACUGGUACCAUCUUCAUGGCGUGCUAACCGGGGAUCUGUGCACUGAGCUUACUGGCCAGACUGAGAGCAACGGUUGCUUUUCCAGAGAGGUGGUGACAGCUCCCUUCAACCUGACCCACUCUGGCUACAGGAUGAGCCUCCAGGCCAAGGCGUUUCUCGUGGAGGAGGGGACAGGUGGGUCUGAAAUCAAGCACACAUGCAUGCCCCCAGGCAGCCCCCAGCACUGA